UUGUUUAAAAAAAAAAAAUCAUCACUGAAAAAUAUUAUUAAUAAAUAAUAAAGUUUAAAAAAUUUUUUAUAGACAUAAUCUGUUGCGAAUGAUGCUAUUAUUGUUACAAAUUUGCGGUUUUAAUAUUAAAUUUUUAUUAACGGUUAUACAUUUGUGUUAUGUACAAAGCCAUCAAGCUAAAUCACUGUAUUUUAUCAACUCAUUGCAAUAUACAAGACAACUGGGGACAAAAAAAAACAGUAUAAAAUGUUGAGACAAGUCAUUCGAUCAUCACAGUUUUUCAUUGUUAACUCAAAACAACUCAACAAAUAAUAUAAAAAUGUUUUUAAAGGGAUUAAUAUUGGCAAUGGUGAUGAUGGAAAUAUAUAGUGAACCACAAGGACCAGGUUAUUUACCACCUUCAGGUGGUGUUGCUCCAAGACCAGGUGGUGGAGGUGGUGGUGGACACCCAGACGAAUGGGCUGGAGAUCCAGUAAAUUACGAGUAUUCAUAUGAGGUUCAGGACGCAGCUGUUGCUCUAGAUUUUGGUCAUCAUGAAGAACGAAAAGACGACGAAGCAAAAGGAUCAUAUCAUGUUUUACUUCCCGAUGGUCGUACUCAAAUUGUCGAUUAUAUUGCUGAUGCAAAUGGUUAUAGACCAAUGGUUCGAUAUGAAGGAACAGCAACGUAUCCAGCACCUGGACCACAACGUGGCUCUGAUGGUGAAGGAUACAAGUACUGAUUAAUCAAAAUUAAAAAAAAUACUAUUAUUUUAUUGUAUAAAAAAAAGAGGAAAAAUAAAUAGAAAAAAGAGAACAAAGUGUAUAAAUU